UAGCCCCGGUUUUAAAGUUGAUUAUGAAGUUAAACAAGGCGUAUAUGAUUGUUUACGACGCAUGGUGGCUGAUAUCGAAGAACAGGCAAGGAUUGAUGUUCAACUACAGGACUUUAAGAAGCGUCAAAAGUUAUUUGGUUCUCCAUUGGCUCAAAAGACAUUUGAUAAGCUAAGUCCAGCAGAUUGGUGGGACUCAUAUGGAGAUGAACAUCCAGACCUUCAAAAAUUUGCGAUUCGAGUAUUGAGCUUGACAUGCAGUUCGUCAGGAUGCGAGCGUAAUUGGAGUGCAUUUGAGAUGGUAAGAUUUCUAAAGUUUUAUUACAUUCUACAAUGUGCAAAUAAAUAUGACUUGAUAAUUUUCAUUAGGUCCAUACAAAGAGAAGAAAUCGUUUGAAGCAGAAAACAAUGAACGAUGUUGUUUUUGUCAUGACUAAUUCAAAAUUGGCAAAAAAGAAGAAAGCCAAGAGAUCAAAUCCGCUCAAACUAGAAGAUCUUUCGUCAGAUGAUGAGUGGAUUAUGGAAGAUGUUGGUGAAGACCCAGGAGGUGAUGAAGUUGCUGCUGGCAAUAACUCCACAGAUGUUCCAACACAAAAUGGAGAAGAAGAGGCUGCUGGCAAUAACUCCAAGGAUGUUCCAACCAUAGUUGUGAAUGGCGCUCGCCAUUCUCGCCUAAGGCGCCUAUGGCUUUGUGGCGACCAUCUGACGCCAUCUUCAGACCUGGCGAGGCGUUUUACGCCAAUCUCGCCAUAGGCAGUCGCCAUGGACGCCAAACGCUGUGGCGAAAGGCGUUCGCUAUCUACGCCAGACGCAGGUCAAGGGUUUUUCUUGACUUUUUUUUUAAAAAACGCGCUGACCUGACAGUACUCGAUCGAAACACUUCAUCGAUUCAACUGCCGAGCCUCUGCCUCUGCCCUCUAGCCGUCGAUCUGCCCUCCUCAAGUUCUCCUCAGCCGGCGCAGAGCCUCGUCUCUCUCGCGAGUCCAAACAGCGCAAAGGCAGAGUCAGAGCCGGCAAAAGUAAGACUCCACACUUCGCAGGUCACUCAUACUUUUUUUUUGUUUUCUUAUUGUUUUUUUUAAUGGUUAUUGUUUCUUUACAGCUCACUUCGCAG